ACCAUGGUUACCAAACACAGAGACCAGUGCUCCAGCCUGGACAUUCCAGAAGAGGACAGGGAGGAGCUAAGAUGGCCUUCUUCAACUUCUAUCUAUUGGGAUAUCAAAAUUCCUUUUGGAACAAGAAAAGGGACACAACUAAAGAAACAAACCAGAAGGAACCAGUGCCCACUAGGCUUCCCCGUAUUAUCUCAGAAGAUGGGAAUUAUUCUGUACACCAGAAUAGCCACACAAGGUAUCAUGAAGCUAUAAAGAAGGUGUUGUUAAAGACAUUCCCCAAUCAGGUCUUCAGAGUCCCCUUGACUGAUGCUCAGAACUUCAGCUUCUGGCGGUCCCAUGAUCCAGGAGUGCGCCCAGAAGAAACCAUGCCAUGGAUCCGGAGCCCCCGCCACUGCCUCAUUAAAAGCCCAAUGACCAGGUUUAUGGAUCACUCUGUUCUGAGUGACAGAAACUUCAGUCUGUAUUGAACAGGAUAUAUUUGCACGAUGGACUGUGGAAGCAGGGCAAAGAAGGAGAAAACGGAGAAGGUGUCCUGGCUCCACUGAGGGACUAAUGGGAGGAGGGGACCUCAAGAGCAGAGUAAACAUUGGAUUAGAAGUCA